AUGCUCCGAUCUGCCGCCCUCGCCGCCCUCGUGGCCUCUGCUGCCUCUUUCUCCCUCUCGCCCUCCCUUGAUGGAGCCUCCCUCAAGCUCCGACAGCAUUCACACAUGCCUUGCCCACCAGCUACAGCCAAUGCUAUUCUCGGCUCGUCCAAGGGCCAAGACUCCAACUGGGAGCUUCGCACUGGCGGCAUCGUCGUCACUGAUGUGUCUGGGAGGAACGGCUCUCGCUCUAGUGCGUUCAAGAAAUCUCUCCUCGCACCCCAGCGAGCUUCCGCCAACUUCGGCCGCCGUGGGCUCUCCGAGGAAGAGAUCGACACGGUCGCCUCACUAACGGACAAGGUGAUCCGCGACUCCAUCAUCCGGAAGAAGGCCUACGAGACAGACAACCGGGUAGGCUUCAACACAGUCAAAGGUAAUAAGCCGGCUGCCAGUGUGCUUGAUGCUUCAUGA